GGCCGCGGGGCCCGCCCUGCCCGUGUCCCGCUUCUUUCCCCUUCCCUUCCCCAGCCCAGCCCGGCCCGGCCCGGCCAAGAACCGCCGCGAGCUCCGGUCCCGCCGCCGCCAUGUCGGGCCCGGGCGGGGGCGCCGCGCUGGCGCUGCUGCUGCUGCUGGGGCUGCCCGGGCUGCCGCAGGCCCGGCCCCGCUACCAGCCCACCUGGGGCUCGCUGGACGCCCGGCCGCUGCCCGCCUGGUUUGACGAGGCGAAGUUCGGCGUCUUCAUCCACUGGGGCGUGUUCUCGGUGCCAAGCUUCGGCAGCGAGUGGUUCUGGUGGUACUGGCAGAAGGAAAAGAGAGAGCCCUAUGUGAAAUUUAUGGAUGCAAAUUACCCACCUGGCUUCAGCUAUGAAGAUUUUGGUCCUCUGUUUACAGCAGAAUUCUUUGAUCCCAACCAGUGGGCAGAUAUUCUGAAGGCUUCAGGUGCAAAAUACGUUGUCUUAACUUCAAAACAUCAUGAGGGCUUUACUUUGUGGGGAUCCAAAUAUUCUUGGAACUGGAAUGCUGUUGACGUGGGACCAAAGCGAGAUCUUGUUGCUGAACUAGCAACAUCUGUUAGAAACAGGACUGACUUGCAUUUUGGGUUAUACCAUUCCCUGUUUGAAUGGUUCAAUCCUCUCUUCCUUGAGGAUGCCACCAAUGCCUUUAACACAAGCAAGUUUCCCACCAGCAAAUCAUUACCAGAACUCUAUGAACUUGUGACCAAGUACCAGCCAGAAAUAAUUUGGUCUGAUGGGGAUGGAAAUGCUCCAGAUACUUACUGGAACAGCACUGGUUUCUUGGCUUGGCUGUAUAAUGACAGCCCGGUGCGGGACACAGUGGUGACCAAUGACCGCUGGGGCGCGGGCAGCAUCUGUGCCCAUGGCGGCUUCUACACGUGCAGCGACCGCUACAACCCCGGGCGCCUCCUGCCCCGCAAGUGGGAGAACUGCAUGACCAUCGACCGCGGCUCCUGGGGCUACCGCCGGGACGCGCGGCUGCGGGAUUAUCUCCCCAUCGAGGACUUGGUUAAGCAACUUGCAGAAACAGUGUCUUGUGGAGGAAACCUCCUGAUGAAUAUCGGGCCCACCCACGACGGUCGCAUCGCUGCUGUGUUUGAGGAGCGCCUGAGGCAGGUGGGCUCUUGGCUGGGGGUCAACGGAGAGGCCAUCUAUGGAACAAAGCCAUGGAGAGCACAGAACGACACUGUCACACCUGGAGUCUGGUACACUUUCACCCCUAAAGAAGGGAAAGUCAAUGCUAUUUUCCUUAACUGGCCAGUCUCUGGGAUUCUGGAACUUGGUGAGCCACGGGCUAAGCCUGGAAAAACACAGGUGAAGCUGGCUGGAUACAGGGAACUGCUGAAAUGGGUUGCCCUGGGAGAAAAGGGAAUGGUUAUUGCUCUACCUCAAUUGACUCCUCAGCAAAUGCCAUGUCAGUGGGGCUGGACCUUACAACUGACUGAUGUAGACUGAGCCAUACUCUGCUGGAGCCCUGGCUAGCAGGGAGUGCUGAUGCUUUGCUCUUUCUUAUCACUGGUUUUAAACUUGAUUGACUGAGAGAGACCAAUAAAUUCACUUUUUCUAUGAGAGGUGGGCUGUUAUGAAAGGAUGGAAUGGAACAAACCUCAUGAAGUCUAGCACUAAAUAAUUGAUCCUCUGCACACAGUUUCUCUGAACUUGUGUGAAAUAUUGAGCAGCUACCUCUACACUUGGUUUAGUCAGUUUCUGGCCAAGAUACAUGAAGAAUGAGGUGGGGGAAACAGGCACUAGACUUUCAGAGACAAAAGAAGGAAUAAAGCUCAAGCUGGUGUUCAAAUGCACAUAACUCAGUUGUACACCCUCUUUAAUGCAAGAAAUUUACCUUCCACAAAAGUGCACAGUAAAAUCUGACAGUUUUAGAGAAAAAAUAUUCUUUUUCCAGGUGUGUUUAGCUAGUAGUAGCUGGCAGUUUCAGCUGAAUAGGGUAAUGUCUGCAAGAACAGGUCUGUAAAGGUUAGAAAUUAAUCAUAAAUGCAUACAGGUAAUGCAUAUGUACAUCAUAAUUUCUCAGCAUGGAAGUCAUUAAUUUUACAUGUUCCUAUUCUUGAGUAACUCCAUCCAUUAUUGGGACACAGGUGAACUGGGAGAGGGUUGGGUUUUUGAUAUUUUGUAUGAUUUUACAUGGGUAAAACUUGUCUCUUGUUUACACCCUUUGUUUAUACACAGUUACCAGGGUGCCUUCUGUGGACUAUUAAACAAAAUAUAUACUUCAGUGACUAACUCUUGAAAUAGAGAAAUAAUCAGGAGUUGCUAAGGAUCGUGAACUCUGGCAAAGAGACAACAUUUUAAGCAGAGAGUAGACUGCAUCCAACUUGAAAAAUUUCCAAACUCAUCAUGUGUCAUGAUUUGUAGGGAUAGACAUACAAGGUGAAACUUGCAAAGAGGAGGAGAUAAAGGACAACAAAAAGCAUGAAUUAUUUCUGUUUCAAUGUAGAGACUGA